AUGGACUUACCGCCCGUCAACCUCGCCGAGCUGCUUCGGCACCCCGAUGAUCUCGACAAGAUCACCACCCUGAAGGCCGAGUUCAUGCGGAAAAAGGCAGCUGUCGACUCCCAACUGCGCAGCGGCCUGCGAGAGCAGCUCGAGACGACACAGGCCGGCAUGAACGGCCUGGCUGACGGGCAAAGGACGGUACAGCAAAUCAAGGAGGAGAUGAUGAAAAUCGACAAGAUUUGUUCCGAGUCGCAAGACAUGAUCACCGACUUUGCUACCAUCAACCUGGUGUCCCAAGCCCACCGCAACUUUGGCGCCGUCGAGACUAUGCGCCGCAACCUCGAGACUUUCAGCGAGCGCCUGGACGCUAUCGACAGGAUGUUAAACGAGGACGACGAGGACCCCGAAAACAUGCCCAACCUACUGGCUAUUCACUACGAGUUGACGCAGCUCCGUAAUAUCCGAGACGAUGCCAUCGAGCAAAUACAGAGGGGCGACGAUCCAGGCCUGCAGUCCACACUAGAGGAUUACUUCUCCCGCCUGGAUAAAUACAUUGAGUGGUUUGAUGUGAAUAUCACCCUCGUCGCCAUGAGUUUGAUCAACCUGGUUAUUGCGGACAACAACAGUCUGGUCGUACGUUUCGCACUGAUAAUAGAAGCUGAGGAAAAGAGCGAUCAGAGGGUUUUGGCCUUGCAAGAAGCGCUGAAGGAUCACAAGGAAAUGGCCACGCGCUUCCAGAGCAUAACCGACGGCGCCAAGACGGUCAGGGGCUAUAAGGACAAGUUUUUGAAGGCUAUUAAGACCUUUGCCGAGGACCAGUUCAAAGAGAGCAAGGAGAAGUUCUUGGGUGAUCCGGAUAUGCUCGACAAGUCCUUGAAAUGGUACUUCAACGACCUGAACGCCGUCAAGAUCGGCAUGACGCCGCUUAUGCCCAAGAAGUGGAAGAUAUUCAAGACAUGGGCUACCAUUUACCACGGCUUGAUGCAUGACUAUCUCAUCGGGCUCAUCGACGAUCCCGAGACUAGCUCGGCACAUACUUUAGCCAUUAUCAGCUGGCCUGAGGCUUACUAUCGCAAGAUGACCAAGUUGGGAAUGAAGCAGGACGAACUAACACCACAUGUGAUCGACAACCGCGAGGCAGAACUGGUGCGCGACUUCCGCGCCCUCAUCAUCAAGUUCCUCGACGAAUGGAUCGACCGUAUCUACAAGCAAGAGUGCAAGGACUUUGUCGACCGCAACGUCGAGGGUGGCAACCUCGACCAGGACGAGUAUGGAUACUUCCGCACCAAGAACCUGGUCGAUCUGUGGCGCAUGCUCCGCGAACAGGUCGAUGCCGCGGGCAACUCGAAGCGUGCCGAUGUUGUGGAAGGCGUCAUCGACACCAUGUUUCAGCGCUUGCGCGCCCGCCAGCAGUCCUGGCAGAAGAUGCUCGAGGACGAAGCCGCGCGGUACGAGGAUGAAGGCCGGAUGGCGUACCUCUCCGACUUCCGGCGUAAAUUCAGCACGCUCGUGUCGCCGCAGUACAUGGACCGGGCCGAGACGGAAAUCACGGCUCUGCGCGACGGCUACGUCGACCUGAGCACGUGGUGCAUGACCAAGUUUGCCCAACUGGUGUUCGCGGUCGACUUCCGCACCGUCAUGCCCGACUUCUUCACCCCCCGCUGGUACACGACCAACGCCAUGGCGCGCAUGAUUGCCACGUUCGAGGAGUACGUGUCCGACUACAAAAUGGUGCUGCACCACUCGCUCGUCGACAUCUUCAUCGAGAUCUUUGCCGAGGAGCUGCUCAUCCGCUACCUGUCAUCGGUCCGCAACAAGGGCGCCAAGUUCCGCAGGCAGGAUAACUUCCAAGACAAGAUCUUUGACGAUCUCUCGACCGCCUUUGACUUCUUCAACAACUUGCCGAACCCCGAUGUGGGCAAUGCCAUCAAGGAGACGUGGCGCGUGUCGGAACCGUUCUUACAGUUGUUGACGGUCGAUAAAGAGGCGGUGCCGGACGCGUUUGCCGAGUUCAAGAGCCAGUAUUGGGAUUUGCAGAUCAGCUGGGUCGAGGCAGUGUUAAGGUCCAGAGACGAUUUUGAGAGAAGCAUGUUGAACGCGGUCAAGGCUAGGGCCGCCCAGAUGGACGUUGUCAGAGGGCCGGAAACUAUCAUGAGCAAGGUCAAAUAAGGGGACACGCGAUAGUCAUCCUGGGUUGAAAAUAGAUAGGUUUAAUGAUGUGAGAUUCUUGGAAUUGGACUGUAGUAGGUACGGAAGUCGGGAAGGGAGUUGGAAGUUCUAUGCAUAUAAUGAUACCAGCUUUUGUAAGCUACAGCGAAGACAUUUCGAGAGUAAAUAAGAGAACAGCAGGCCAGUCUAAUGGUGGGUGGUUAUCCGUCACUUGAAAUGCUGCCUUCAACUUCCAUCAUUCAUGCAACCACAUAAAUAUUCUUCAGAGUCCAAAUUCCG